AUGACGGAAAGGUGCAGUUUGUGGAGCGCCUUGUCGGCCGCAGCGUGCUGCUUCUACCGGGGAUCUUUCAUGCAGGUGCAGUUCUCCAAAGAUAAAUACCUGCUGGAGUCUCCUCCCGAGAAACUACGGAAAGAGCUGGAAGAGGAGCUGAAACUGAGUCCGACUGACAUCAGGAGCCAUGGCUGGUACCAUGGACAUAUACCCAGAGAGGUGUCAGAGACUCUGGUGCAGCAUCACGGAGACUUCCUGGUGCGUGACUCCCUGAUCAAUAUGAGCGAUUACGUACUGACCUGUCGAUGGGAUAACGAGGUGUUGCACUUUAAGAUCAGCAAAGUCUUGGUCAAAUCCAGUGACAGCAAGGUACACGUUCAAUACGUACUGGAGUCGGAGAGCUUCGACUCCGUCCAGGAGCUGGUACGCUACUACGCCAGUCAGCGCAAACCCAUCUCGCAAUCCAGCGGAGUCCACAUCUACUGUCCGGUGAGCCGGACCCUCCCUUUGCGCUACUUGGAGGCCACCUUCGCUCUAUCUGGCGGCAAGCACGGCUGCGCCUAUUCUCCAUCCAAUCAGAGGGGAGCGUACAUCAAAAGACGGAGCGUUACCAUGAUGGACGGGCUCACCACAGAGAAGAUGAUGCCUCACAGAGGAUGCCCUUCCACCAUCCACAACCACAAAGACGCAAUGAGGAACUGUGCGAUGAGCAUGGACCAGAUUCAGGAAUACCGCUGCCCCUUGUCACCUGUCGGAGAGACACCCAUGUCUCCUGCUUACUGUGCAAUCACUAGACAGAGAACCCACUCAGGUGGGCGAGUCCUAGCUGUGGUGCCCCCUUCCCCUGUCACACGACGUUCCAGUGACCCGCAACUCAGCCCCACUUCUGGCAACAACCCCCCGGAACAUCCGGCUCACGGUUCUCACUCGGCUCACUCCUCUCCCGCGCAUCGCCCGGCUUUCCAUUCGCACCCUUCCGAAAAUGCGGGCAGCUACUGCGACCUCAGACCUUACCCGGCCGGACCCCCGAAACCUCCCGGCAAGAGCCACGUGGAGCGAUUGCGGGCGGAGGAGGGGAGGAACGAGGGUACGAGGGAGGAAGGAGACGGGAUGUGCAGCUCUCCACAGGUGGAGACUUCUUCCUUGUUUCGACCAUCCAGGUUCGAGUCUUGCAUCAUGGCCGCCGACAAUAAACCUCUGGAGAUGUCCGUGCUGAAAAGAGUGAAAGAGCUGCUGGCUGAAGUGGAUGCAAGGACGACAGCUAAACACAUCACCUUGGUGGACUGUACGAUUGCAAGAAUACUGGGUGUCAACCCGGAGAUGCAAAGGAUUAUGGGAGUGUCCUCAGGCUUGGAGUUACUCACGCUACCUCAUGGACACCAGCUGAGACUUGACCUACUGGAGAGGUUCUACACCAUGUCCAUUAUGAUGGCCGUGGACCUGCUGGGCUGCACUGGGAACACCGAGGAGCGGGCGGCCCUGCUUCAUAAGACCAUCCAGUUGGCGGCUGAGCUGAAGAGCAAUCUGGGUAACAUGUUUGGCUUCGCUGCAGUGAUGAGGGCCUUGGAGCUGCCACAGAUCUCCCGCCUGGAACAGACGUGGGUGACGUUACGCCAGAGACAUACGGAAGGUGCCAUUCUCUAUGAGAAGAAGCUCAAACCAUUCCUGAAAAAUUUGAACGAUGGCAAAGAGUCUAAUGUAGUGUCAAGUACCACUUUCCCACACAUCAUCCCCGUCUUGUCUUUGCUGGAACGAGGCCUGGCCCUCGGGGAGGUCCUGGAGCCAUGGGAGAGUGCGGAGGUAGGCGUCGACGUGGUCAUGCACCACCUGGAGGCGGCUCGAACCGUGGCACACCACGGGGGCGUGUACAGGACCAACGUGGAGAGCAAAUUGCAGGGGUUCCGGGCGCAAGCCGACAUCCAGGAAAUCUUCCAGACGGAGUUCCAGAUGCGUCUGCUGUGGGGCAGCCGCGGCUCUGAGGGCAGCCAGCCAGAGCGCUACGAGAAGUUCGACAAGGUCCUCACCGCCCUCUCGCACAAGCUCGAGCCACCGGUGCGCCACAGCGAGCUAUAG